CUAUUGAUCAAACAAACCAGGAAUGUUCAAGAAAAUGGCGAAAAGUUUGUACGACAUAGAGUCAGCUAUAAAAACGGUUUCAGAAAAUGUGCAGAAAGCUACACAUGCUAGAUCAAAGACGCUGCCUCAAAUCACGCCACGCCUUGUUGCUGUCUCCAAGACAAAACCUGUCCCUGAGAUUAUAACAGCCUACAGAUGUGGACAGAGACAUUUUGGUGAAAACUAUGUUAAAGAACUGGAAGAGAAAUCCAAAAAUGAACAAAUCCUUGCAGAAUGCUCAGACAUCAAGUGGCAUUUCAUAGGGCAUUUACAAAAGAACAAAGCUAAUAAAGUGGCAGUGGUACCCAACCUGUACAUGGUGGAGACCGUGGACUCACAGAAGCUGGCUCAGACUCUGAACAACCUGUGGGAGAAGUUUAGUCGACCCGGCAAGUUGAAGGUCAUGGUGCAGGUCAACACCAGCGGCGAGGAAAGCAAGGAGGGUAUAGAGCCUGGUCAGGUUGAGCACCUGUGUCGGUUCAUCAAGUACAAGUGUCCAUGUCUGGAGUUGGCAGGGCUGAUGACUAUCGGGGCUUACGGAUAUGACCUUGCCAGGGGACCAAACCCUGACUUCCUGGCACUGGUAGAGCAGAGGGAGAAGGUGUGUGCAGCCCUCGGCAUGACCCCCGACCAGGUGGAGCUCAGUAUGGGCAUGUCCUCGGACUACGAACAUGCGAUUCUACUCGGAAGCACUAAUAUUCGUGUUGGCAGUACCAUAUUUGGAUCCAGGGACACCAAUCAUACUGAAGGUGGUAAUCCUGGCGAGACAGGUGUUGGUCCCAGCAACACUGACCAAUCAGGUGCUUCGGUUGAAAAAGGUGACCAAUCAGAAACCAGCAAUUGUGGUAUGAACCAAUCAAAUCAAAAAAGUGCUGAAGGAAAUGCUCAGUCUUCAAGCAAUCAAACCAGUGAGACUUCAGUGAAUAAGGACAGUACUCAGCAACCUUUGAAUUCUCUAAAAGACCUCAGUAUAUCUCACUAGAUGUUGGUUUGAUAAUAGACAUUUGUGAUUGCUCUGUGAUGCUAAAGGUGCUGUUCAUAAUAUAAUCAGUGGGUGGAAUGUA